CUUGAUACUAUUUCAAACGUCAAAAAUACCGCUGUUUGACUACAUCGCAAUUUUUCGCAUUGGAACAUUUUCAUCAAGACAAUCGAUAGAUUUAAUUAAUCAACGAACAAUAAUCGACCAAAAUAGAAAUAAAAAGCGGACGGAUCAGAAUUGACAUUGAAAGUAGAAUUUAUCUAUGUGCAUAUUUUGACAAGCAAAGGAAAAAGUUAAAUCAACGAUGUUUUCGUUCACAAACACAACGAUGCAAACAAAGCGAGAUUGGAUCGAUUUGGUAACGGAGAUGCUUUGGGUCAUUGAACGGGAGACAAAGUUCACAUUAAAAGCCGUCAAUGAAGACUUUAAACAAUCGGGACUGUCAUUUGAUAUGGAGUUUCGCAAUCAUUUCUUGCAAAUCAUUUAUAACAGGGUUGCUAAAACGUAUGAUCAAUUUCAAAUGAAUUUGGAAUUUGAAGAGCUGAGAAAUGACCUCGAAUCGAGUGAGGUAGAUAGGAUGAUCGAACACCAAUUUUUACCAGAUCGACCAUGUUUGGCUCAGAAACGAAAGAUUUCAUGCGAUUUGAAUGCAAAUAAUCAGACGUUUUUGGUUAAAAGACCCAAAGCAGACGAAGGCAUGAUGAUGAUUGAAGAAUACAAUAGCCAAUCGGAAGACGAAAAUAAACCAGAAGCAUAUGAUGAAAGCAUUGUACUAAUCGAUGACGAUGAUGCUGAUUUUAUCGCUGCACAAACGGCGCUAGAAACCACAAGUGACCAGGUGAAAAAAGCAACACCGGAAAAACCAAAAGUGACAACUGUAAUGGAAAAAAUCACUGAAGCGCCAUCAAAGUCGAAAAAGGCACCAGACGCCAAUAAUAUUCCAGGAGCUACUCCGAAAACUUCAACGCGUAAAAAUACUCAAAGAGAAACACCCGCAAAAAUUACAAACGAAGUCAAAAAUAGCUUUCAAGCUAAAUUAUUACGUCCAGCUCCAGCUUCAGUGAAGAAAUCCCGGAUGAUGGAACUCGACAAAACCGAAACUAAAAGCGAAUUGAAUGCAACAAAAUCAGCCGAAACAAGGGACGAUAACACAUCUAAUGCUACACCAAAUGGAAAAGCAAGCGAAAGACCACCGUCAAAAAAGUUGAGGCGCCAAAGUAAUAAAAAAGUAAUGAUUCACAAGUGUGAUAAAUGUAUUUAUAAAACUGGUACCUCCAGUCAUUUCAAACGACAUAUGAUGGCACAUCUAAAUAGACCAUUUUGUUGUCAGAGAUGCACAAAAAAAUUCACGGAACAAGAUCUUCUCGAUAUGCACAUGAAAAUUCAUGAGAAUCAAUGUAUAAAGUGCCAUAAAAGAUAUAAAGAGAAAUCGGCUUUGGAAGAACACGAUAAACGUUGUAAUUGGAAACAAUAUGAAUGUUAUUUGUGUAGAUAUCAUAACUAUAGAAAAUAUCAAUUGGUAUCGCAUAUGGCAAACAAACACACUGGUGUUAGGCCAUUCAAAUGUAAACAUUGUAGCUAUGCUUCUGCAACAAAACCUUGUCUCAUCGCACACCAGAAAGUCAAACAUAAAUAAAAUAUAUGACUUUGUUUUUACAUUUUUUGUUUUUUAUGCCAAUCCAAUGAGAGAUUUUCCAGCAAAUUUUUUUUUGGUUUUUCAAUGCCAUCAGAUUAACAAAGGCAACACCAAUUCGAAAAUGGUCAAAGCUACAUUACACAUACUCAUUUUGACGGUGUGUGCGUAGCACAUCACAUCUUCUAUUAAAUUGCGACAAAAAGCAUCAUACAGUAGACACAAGUACGCGUGUCGAAAAGAGAAUGCCGCCUUUACAUUUGUAUUUUCCAAUCAAUCGUUUACUCUCACUCUCACUCUCACUCACUCGCUGUCCGAUCACCGGCAUCAAUACAAUCACCUGUCCGUGUAUUUGUGUAUUCUCUGCACCAAGUCAAUAUUGACAUCUACAGCCAAACUAACCGCCAAAUUUACUGCAAGUGUCAUCGUUAAAACAACGAAUGUCUUAUAUCUGGUGAAAACUUCCGAAAAGACAGCACGAACGGAAUCAUUGAGUGACGAAGGUAAAAAAGCCGAAUAAAACUCGAUCAAGGACUUCAAACUGGAACAAAAUAUAUCGCAGCAUUCGGAUUGAAUAUUAAGAUAAAAGAUGGAAAAAAGCGUAUCACAAUUACACAGAGAGCUCAGUGAACAGUUCCUCCAUUUCGAUCGAAAAUGCCUGCGCAAAUUUAGUAUGAACAACAACGAAGAAUCAGCAAUGAAUUUGCUUAAAUCAACAGUUGAAAAGGCGGUAUGUGAUGUUUUAUAUACACAUGAAAAAAUAAAGUCAAAGAUCUUCGAAUUUGAGAGCAAAGGUGGUUUGGAUAUCUCACUCUUUGGUGAUAUCGAAUUAAUUAUGGAAAAUAAUGACGGCCAAUCGAUGCUAUUUCAGCCAGAUCCGGCUGAUUGUAAAGGGAAACUGCCAAUGGACGACGCAACUCCAUUAACAAGACUCAAGUCGGACUCUGGUAUUUACACUGAUUUGG